UGGUAAAAAGAGAUAGAAAAUGGUGGAAGGGUUAACGACAAAUUGUAAUGUAUAGAUAAAGACAUGAUAUAAGAAUCAUUCACAGCGACGAAGUUUGUCCAUGGUAUUGGCAACAGAAGGGUUAACGAAACUUAGUUAGAGGCGGAAUUUCUACGAAAAACGACAAACAGUCGAUAAAGAGGUGUCGGAUGCAACGAAGGCAAGGAAGAUUUGCGUCAAAUAACACAGGCAACGCCGUCAGGUUCUCCACAAUCUCUGAAAAAAUCGGAAUUUCCGUCUUCGUGAAACACAUACACGUUGAUUUAUCAUCGAAGUCUGACAACUGUCAAAUGACAAGCCCACUUCGCAGUAUACGUUCGAAAGAUUGAAAUGGCAGCAGAGAUAAAGCCCGCUCCAGGUGUAAAUCAUGACAAAUUCAGCACAAGUCGUAAACCCGUACUCUUGUCGAAAUUGGAAGGAUGCAACGACGAUGUCAAUGCGGCUAUCAUUAUACCGCGAGAAGAAGGUGUAAUUAGCGUUUGCGAUGACAGGACUGUUAGAGUUUGGUUGAAACGUGAUUCUGGACAGUAUUGGCCAAGCGUCUGUCAAUAUAUGGCUGCUGGUGCAACAUCGAUGCAUUACACGGUAGAGACAAGACAAUUAUUUGUUGGCCUGGAUAAUGGAACCAUAAAUGAAUUCAUUUUGGAACAAGAUUACAACCGAAUGACAGCCAUGCGCGAAUAUUCAGCUCAUCAAGCAAGAGUCACAGGCGUUAUAUUUACACCAGAGUCCGAAUGGGUUUUAAGUAUAGGUCGAGAUAAAAUGUUUCUGUUACACUGUUCGGAAACUGGUCAGAAAGUGGGAUCUUAUCAGACCGACGCGUGGUACACUGCACUGCAAUUCGAUGCUCAAUCGAAGCAUGCCUUUGUCGGUGAUUAUUCUGGACAGAUAGCAAUGUUAAAGUUAGAGGCCAAUAACGUCACGUUGAUCACUACGUUAAAAACGCAUACAGGAAGUAUACACACAUUGGCAUGGGAUUCUGAGAAGCAACUUUUGUUUUCUGGAAGUUUCGAUCAAAGUAUCAUAGUAUGGGAUAUCGGCGGUCGUCAGGGAACGGCAUACGAGCUUCAGGGACAUCACAACAAAGUCACAGCGUUGUGCUAUGCAAGCGCUGAACGCGUUCUAUUGUCCGGUGGAGAAGAUGGGGUCAUAGUUUGUUGGGACAUGGGUGCAAGCAGGAAGGAAACAGCAGCAUGGGCAGAAUCGGGCACGUGCCAAGCCUGCGGAAGACCGUUUUUCUGGAACAUCAAAGCAAUGAUGGAUCAACGGCAACUAGGAUUAAGGCAGCAUCAUUGUCGUCAUUGCGGUCGUGCAUUAUGCGCGCGUUGCACGUCGCAACGAAUAGCAAUACCAGCAAUGGGGUUCGAAUUUGAAGUCAGAGUUUGCGAUCCAUGCCACAUACAACUCAAAGGGACAAACCAAACAUCUUUAGCAUCUUUCCAUGACGCGAAGCAUAACGUUGUUGGAAUGGAUCUCGAUGCACCGAGACGAAGACUAUUAACUAUCGGUCAGGAUCGUCUGAUUAAAAUUUGGGAUAUUUCUGCGCUCCUACAGUGAACUUCCAAAAACAUUCGUUUGUAAGCAAGAAAACCAAUCAAAUCGUAAGAUAUAUACAUAUAUGAUAUAUCUAUAAAGGCAAUUGUCAUAUUCCAAUGUAAAAGCAUACUAUCCAGAGCCUAUUUUUGUGAUCAAACACUAAAUUUGUUCGAUUACAACCGAAUGGGUUUGAAAUGUUACAAUCUGAAAAGAUCGGGUCGUCCAUAAAAAAAGAAACGAUUGAACAUAGACUCGACAGUUUACAAGCAUCUAUGUUUCAUUUCUCCGAAUAAAGGAGCGUGUAUACUUGUCAAUCAAAAUAAUAAAUGUUAGCAUGUUUUUAAAUAUUCAUAGGCUGGCACAGUCGAAUUUCUGAAUUUACGAACGACCAAACUUCGUACAUAUGCAUCUCAUUCGGGUUUUGUAAUCAAACUUUCCUUGGUAUUUGAACUUGUUAUCACUAUCGAUUAUUUCCACUUAGGAUAAAUGUGUACACGGAUUCUGUUAGAACUCUGUUAGAAAUUCUCAUCGAGGAUAGCGAUCACGAAUAAAUCCAUUUCUAGAUCGGAGAAGGUGCAGGCAAAGUAUCGAAGAUAUUGAACAAGAUUAUCUUUGUUCGAUUCGUAAACGACCAAGAUCAUUUAGACAUUUCUUUGGCCUAGGAAGAGACGACCAAUCGUGUCCUUAGAAUGUAUCCUCAGUUAUCCUUGAUCAAGGAUUAUGCCUUUAAUUAAUUCCCGAUGGUUCUGAAUCCGCUCGAUUAAACCGUUGAAUUAUUUUCAGAUGUGUGACUGUCAAUUUGGUAUAUACGCGACACUUUUCGAGAACCAUAAGAAAAACCUGUAAAUUAGGACUACAUAUAAUAUUACCGCGAUGAAAAGUUGGAAGCAAACGCGAGUCAUCGUAGAUCCUAGUCGUUCUAUUUGUUAUAUUCUUUACUUGUUUAAUAAUACGCGUAGGUAGAUUCGUUUAUCAGGGACCGUAGAUUUGUUUCUCGAGUUCUUCGAAUUGUUAAGAAUGGGUACAAAUUAUGCAAGAGCAGUGCGAAGGUUAAUUGGUAAAAGAUAUUAUCAAAAAAGUCCACCGAUCGAUCGCAUUUGGUUCUUUGGCAACGCGAUCGGUGUAUAGAGAGAUAACGCGCUUCCAUAGGACUAGCAAACACGAUUAGCGUAAAACGUUUCUACAUGUCUGUCACAACGAGGGGAACGCGAUGUUUCCAAUCGAUUGAUUUUUCCAUUGUUCGCCGUUCUUUUCCUCUAUUAUUAUAUGCACUGCAUUUCGAUGUAAAACACGCUGGUAUGCAUAUCUUGUACCUGAAUACGGUAUAACUACUAUUUCGGAGUAGCGUAGCGAAUACAAUUAUCUAUCGGUUUCGUUACUGUAAGUCGCAAUAAACAGCAGUUGCGGUAACAGGAAAAUAGCAUUUGUUACUGGAUCGCACUGGAAUCUAUAUAAAGAAAGGUAUCUUAGCUUUAGAGACCGCGCCGUUUAAGUUGCUCGAUGUAAAGAUCUAGUUAACGCAAAAAAGGUAUUUAUGAAAGCAGAGUGUCGUCUGUACUUUUUUCAGCGUGAACAACGUCUCGUGUGCUCCCAGAAUUGUUUAACGAAACGAUAUCGCAUAUUAUACAGAUUUUGUAUGUUGCUAAGAGAAUAUAUGCUUUCGGAUAACAUAAUUAUACGCUGCGUAUUAAAUACGUUCUACUGCACACACCGAUACCGUUAUACUCGUACCAUUCACCGAUGUUUUCACUAACUAUUACGAACAUAUUUCGACUAAUUUGUAUAAUAUCUAUACCGAUCGAGACGAGCAACGCGUAUUCGAAGUCCGCAGAGCGGUAGGGCACGAUAUUCUCCCGUUGCAUUGGCACGAAUAAAUCGAUCAACGGUAAUAUCGAGCCCGUGCCCGCUCGAUCGACUUCCGAUAUCGGAACGAACAUCCGAUUAUUAUACAUACAGUAAGGCUGAGCGUGACACGCCGUCGCUCCGACACAGAAUCGGUAUUACCAAAUACGUACCGCGGCAGAGAACGACGGAUGUGGUUCGGCAUAGAGUAUUAUUCUUGUUAAAUAUAGGAAGAACGUGUUUAUGUUUGUAAUAUCUGUGUAAAAAUGAUUUACUCGAUCGUUGAAUCGUGACGAGUGUAGCCUCGCCGAUGUUGCCGUUGUUGCUGCUGGGAUUCCCUCUACUUCUCGUAUCGAUGUGUAAUUUCUAAGUUACGGAAAUCGUAAAUACGUCUAUGUAUGAACGUCCUUGUGGAACUCGUACGAAAUGAAAAUAUAUUUUCAAUGUAAACGACACAAAUAUACGAUCUGUCUGUGUUA